GGUGUGAACCCCACGGGGCCGCGCGAGCUGGGGUAGGCGCCGCGGGCCUGCGCCUUCGCUCUGAAUGCCGUGUGAAGGGCGGAUUCCUAGAUUAAGCUCGAUCAAGAUGACCACCUCCCAAAAGCAUCGAGACUUCGUGGCAGAGCCUAUGGGGGAAAAGCCAGUGGGGAGCCUGGCUGGGAUUGGUGAAGUCCUGGGCAAGAAGCUUGAGGAAAGGGGCUUUGACAAGGCAUAUGUCGUCCUCGGUCAGUUUCUGGUGCUAAAGAAAGAUGAAGACCUCUUCCGAGAAUGGCUGAAGGACACAUGUGGUGCCAAUGCCAAGCAGUCCCGGGACUGCUUUGGGUGCCUUCGAGAAUGGUGUGAUGCCUUCUUGUGAUGUUCUCUGGGGAGCCCUCAAUCCCUAGCCCCAUUAUCAAGUCUCCAGAGUUUGCAGCUGAGUGGGGGCUCCUUGUCCUCUACAAAGGAAAAGAUUGCUGUUGUUGUACUCCAGGGUCUUUGGGAGUUCUCUCCCCUCACCAUUUCAAUC